AAAAUUCUUUCAAGACAUAGGCUCAAAGUUUUCAUUUCUCUCUUGAUCAUUCUCGUCUCACAAAGCAAACAGGAGUACUCUUUUAAGGGCUUGUUUGGAUGCACAGAAAAGAAAUAAGCAUUUAUAUGAUGAGCACAAAGUGACAAAGAGAGAAAGGAAAGGAAAAUUCAUUUUUUGUGUUGUUUUUCUUUGAGAGAGCUUAAUUAUCAUCAGUGCAACAAAUGAUGGCAGGAAACCCUAGCUGGUGGAGCAUGCAUCCAGCAUCCAUCUCUCAGCAGCCUUCUACCUUGUUAUCUUCUUCUCCAUCUAAUAUAUUUCCUUCUCAACAUUUUCUUGGAUCUUCUUCAAUUCCUUUGAAUUCUUUGCCUGAUAAUAAUCAAGAUCAACUUCCUCAGUCAUGGAGCCAGCUGCUCAUGGGUGGGUCAUCAGGUGAUGAAGAGAAGUUUGUUAAUCUCAAUCAUUUGCAGCCGAAAAAGUUGGAAAAUUAUGAAAACCAAAUCAUAAAUCCAUCUCUUAGAACACCUGUUUGUGAUGUGAAACAAGUAGUCACUGAAAUUAGCAACUUAUACGGUCAUGGAGGCGCAGAAUUUCAAGCUCCAACGCCCACAAAUUGGCCACAAAUCAUGCCAGUUUCAUCCCCGAGGUCUUGUGUUACAAGCUUAAACACUGAUAUAUUGAACUUCUCUUCAACCGAAGCAGAUGGGAACAAUAAUAAUAAUAAUCAAAACCCAGAUCAUUCAUCUGAGUGUAAUAGCACAGUCACAGGCGAGAUUUGCAAGAAGGCUAGGGUUCAAUCUUCCUCCUCAAGCCAGCCACCUCUAAAAGUGAGGAAGGAGAAACUUGGAGACAGAAUCACAGCACUUCAUCAACUAGUUUCCCCAUUUGGAAAGACUGACACUGCUUCUGUCUUGUUAGAAGCUAUUGGGUAUAUCAGAUUCCUUCAGGGUCAAAUUGAGGCCCUCAGCUCGCCUUACUUGGACUUUCCUUCUGCAAAUUUGAGAAAUCAUCAUCACUGUGAUCAGAUGCAAGAAAAGCCAAAUGAUUUGAGGAGUAGAGGAUUAUGCUUGGUUCCAGUGUCUUGCACUCAACAAGUUGGAAGCGACAAUGGAGCUGAUUAUUGGGCUCCGGCUCUUGGCGGAGGAUUUUGAUGAAGGCAUGAAGAAGCUGAGUUAAUAUAUGAAUGACUGAAAUGGUAGAUUGGAAAUAAUUUGAUUUAAUGGGAAUGGUAUAACAUCAUGAGCAGUCAGUCUGCUGAAAAUCUAAGGCUGAUUGCUCAUGAUGCUAUGCAUUCUAGAUGAAUCAUCCAUAUCGGAUGUGGGUAUUGUUAUCAAAGUUUUUGCAUUAGUAUUUUCAAUUAAGUUGAGAUUAAACAGUUAAGCUUGCAUGCAUGUUAAUUAACUAUAGCUUCAAGCACAUGAAGUUUGGGUUAUUAAUUAGCUGCCGUUUAGUUCUUCGUAAAAUGCUAUUUGAAGUAGCAAUAUAUUCUCUUUUCUCUCUUUUUUUUCACUUUUUUAUGAAGCGGUCAUUCAAAUUAAUUGUUGUACUAGCAUCUUCC